GUCGGUGUGCGUGAUAGCCAAUAGGAGCAAGGAGCGGGGAUCCCAGGUCUAGGAAGAAACGGCGACAGGGAGGGGGGCUACUGGGACUAUGGGGCUUCUGACCAUUCUGAAGAAGAUGAAGGAGAAAGAGCGGGAGCUGCGACUGCUCAUGCUCGGCCUGGACAACGCCGGCAAAACAACCAUCCUGAAGAAGUUCAAUGGGGAAGACAUCGACACCAUCUCCCCAACGCUGGGCUUCAACAUCAAGACCCUAGAGCACCGUGGAUUCAAGCUGAACAUCUGGGAUGUGGGCGGCCAGAAGUCCCUGCGGUCCUACUGGCGGAACUACUUUGAGAGCACUGACGGCCUCAUCUGGGUGGUGGACAGCGCCGACCGGCAGCGCAUGCAGGACUGCCAGCGCGAGCUCCAGAGCCUGCUGGUGGAGGAGCGCCUGGCUGGAGCGACCCUCCUCAUCUUUGCCAACAAGCAGGACUUGCCUGGGGCACUGUCCUCUAACGCCAUCCGGGAGGCCCUGGAGCUGGACUCCAUUCGCAGCCACCACUGGUGCAUCCAGGGCUGCAGCGCCGUCACCGGGGAGAACCUGCUGCUCGGCAUCGACUGGCUCCUGGAGGACAUUUCCAGCCGCAUCUUCACAGCCGACUGAGCCGCCCCAGCUGCCCACCUCCCAGUCCAGACCCCCCCUUCCCCGCAGCCCUCGCCACAUACCAUCCAUGGGGGGAUGGGUGUCAGCCAGCUGGGCUAACACUCCCCACCCACUCCAUAACCUGCUGCUGCUGCUGUUGCCCACUGCUGCUGCUGGGCCAGCCGGAUCCCGCGGUGGAAGGGCUGCUGCCCUGGCCGCUACCCCCGCUCCCCACCCGGCCCGCCUGCGGCUGUCACACUUAGAAGGGGAUGCUGGGCCUGGGAGGAGACGGCCUCUGCUGCUACCAAGGCUGUGGACCUCAUCCUUUGCUCAGCUGUGAGAAUAAAUCACUCCUUGCUCC